GCAGCCGGCGCGGCUGGGGCAGGCGGUGGCGACGGGCAGCUCCCGGGACUUGCACCGGGACCGGGACCAGGAUCGGGACCAGGAUCGGGACCAGGACCAGGACCCGACCCCGACCCCGACCCGACCGGGGCCGGGCCGGCUCCGCUGCAGCGCCGGACACCCGCGGCCGUGCCGGCGGGGACUUGCCAAGGAGGAAGAGCCGGUGUCCAGCCCAGCUUAUUUUUGGCCGCCGGCUGCCGCCUGCGGAGGGCUGAGGAGGCACGUGCCGACGGCGGAGGGCAGGUCUCCGCGGGCGCUCGGCGGCUCCUCGCUCCCUCGCAGCCCCCCCGGCGCGCACGGGCGGCAGAGAUGGGCCGGAAAAAAAUACAGAUCAGCCGGAUCCUGGAUCAGCGGAACCGGCAGGUGACCUUCACCAAGCGGAAGUUCGGGCUGAUGAAGAAGGCGUACGAGCUGAGCGUGCUGUGCGACUGCGAGAUCGCCCUCAUCAUCUUCAACAGCACCAACCGCCUCUUCCAGUACGCCAGCACCGACAUGGACAAGGUGCUGCUCAAGUACACCGAGUACAGCGAGCCGCACGAGAGCCGCACCAACUCCGACAUCCUCGAGACGCUCAAGCGCAAGGGGCUGGGGCUGGAGGGCCCCGAGCUGGAGCUGGACGAGGCGCCCGACGCCGGGGACAGGACGCGGCGGCCGAGCGAGGGCGUGGACCUGACGGUGGUGCGGCCCCGCUUCUACCCCCCGGCGCCGCUGCCGGGCCACGAAGCAGCCUACGGCGGCUCCCCGCCGGACGGGGCCCUCGGCGGCUCCCCGCAGAGCCACGGCCGCCCGCCCGCCUUCAAGCCGGCCGUGCCGAAGCCCGGGCAGCCGUCGGGACGCUCGCCGGGGCCGCUGCCGCCAGGUCUCGGCUACCCCCUCUUCUCUCCCGGCAACCUCGGCCGAGCCCUGGCCACCAAGACGCCGCCCCCCCUUUACCUGGGGGCCGAAGGGCGUCGCGGCGAAGCCCAGGGCAGCCUGGCGAGCGGCCGGAGCGGUGCCAGCGCCGCGCGGCCGCUCUACCCCGGCCUGCAGACGCUGAGCCCCGUGCUCGCCCCGGGCAGCGCGACCCACGGCCUCGCCGGCUUCCCCUUCCUCGCCUCGGCCCAAGCAGAGUUCGGGGCUGGCGAGGCCCCGGCCCCCCCCGGCUUCCUGCAGCCCGGCACCGCGGCGGCCUGGCAGCACCCGCGGGACGUGGCGGCACUGGGGUAAGGACCGGC